UCUAGAUUUUUAUCUCAUCGGAUUAUGAAUUUAACUUCUUUUCUUUGUAAAAUUUCAAUGUUUUGGAUCUAUUUCAUUGUUUGUUACAAAAAUUUCCCAAGUUUUUAGCCAUCGCUAGUGUCAAGGAGAUCGUAGUCCAACCCAUUUCGAGGAGAAGUGUCUAAAAUUAGUCAAAAACUAGUUUAGAAUUUAGGAAGAACACACCGCGAUUCAAAUCGCUUUCAUCAAUCGUCGUCGACCCAUAAAUAAUUCGUAUCGAUUCGUCUUCCACAUUCAUCGCCUCUUUCUUCCCCAAUUUCUCUGUCAUUCAAUUCCUCAUCAUUUCGUCUUCUGGGAAAACCACGGGACAGAAUUUCUGGUUUUUUUUUUGGUCAUACUCGAUUGAAUUUCGAAGCUGCUCGGGAUUAAGCAGAGUUACUAACUUGGAUGGCUGAGACAGGCUGAUUGGUUUGGAUGCUUGGCUGUGUGAAGCUACCUAGGAUUCUUAUGACGAACACUGCAGCCACAAAUGAGCUGGAUUCAUUUUAUCCAGUUAGACCCGAGUGCCAAGCAGAUAUUCCGAAGACCCGUUUUAAGAUUAAGCCGGGGAAGACUCUAAGUGCAAGAAGAUGGGAUGCAGCAUUUUCUAAAGAUGGUCAUUUGGAUAUAGCUAAAGUGCUAAGACGAAUUCACCGUGGGGGUGUUCAUCCUUCUAUCAAGGGUGCGGUUUGGGAGUUUUUGUUGGGUUGUUUUGAUGUUGACAGCACAUUUGAAGAACGGAAUGGAAUUAGACGACAACGUAGGGAGCAAUAUGGUGUGUGGAAAGAUGAAUGUCAAAGGAUGGUCCCUCUUAUUGGUACUGGAAAGUUUGUUACAGCGGCUAUCAUCACCGAGGAUGGACGGCCAGUAGAGGAGGAAAUAAGCUGCAAUUUACAAGAAAUAGAUAUCGUUGGCUCUCGGGAUGGAGGAAACCCUUCUGGCUUGGACAAGAAAGUUACCGAAUGGAAGCUAACCUUACAUCAGAUAGGUUUGGAUGUAGUUCGCACAGAUCGAGCUCUUGUAUUUUAUGAAAAUGAAGAUAAUCAAGCAAAACUUUGGGACAUUCUUGCAGUUUAUGCUUGGAUAGAUGGUGAAGUUGGUUACAUGCAAGGGAUGAAUGAUAUUUGCUCACCGAUUAUAAUUCUGCUUGAAAAUGAAGCAGAUGCUUUUUGGUGUUUUGAUCAUGCAAUGCGAAGACUGAGAGAAAACUUUAGGUGCACUACUGGUACAAUAGGAGUGCAGUCUCAGCUGAGUACGUUGUCACAAAUAAUUAAAACUGUCGAUCCUAAGCUUCAUCAACAUCUUGAGGACUUAGAUGGUGGAGAAUAUUUGUUUGCAUUUCGGAUGUUGAUGGUGCUUUUUCGUAGAGAGUUCUCCUUUGUGGACAGUUUAUAUCUUUGGGAGAUGAUGUGGGCCAUGGAAUACAAUCCAAACAUGUUCUUAUCAUACGAGUCGGGAUCUGCUUCAACGGGAGGAGUCGGAAGUAAUGGGAAUGACAAACAUCUAAAACGAUAUGGCAAAUUUGAGAGGAAAAAUGUGAAGAGUGGAUCUAAUGACCAGCAACUUGCGCUUCCAGUUUUCCUAGUUGCAAGUGUCCUUGAGGCCAAGAACAAGCGAAUUCUUAAGGAAGCCAAAGGUCUGGAUGAUGUUGUAAAUAUCUUGGGUGAUGUAACUGGAAAUCUGGAUGCCAAAAAAGCAUGUAACGAGGCAUUGAAAUUACAUAGGAAGUACCUGAGCAAGAUCAAGAAUUAACAAAUGCUGCUGUGCUAGCCUCAAGUUCAGUUGUCCACCAUUAUUUCAUUUCCAUCAAAUCCCAUCUGUUGCCAAUGAUCAUCUCAAGGAGAGAGGAGAUGGUGGGAAAAAUCUAAGUUUUCAUUGUGUAUAUAUGAGAUGUUUACGUACUGUUGCAUUUAGCCUUUUUGGAUAUUGAAACCUCUCUCAAAUUCAUCUUUGGAUUCUAUCAUUAUUUCAUUACUUUUAUUACAGUCAUACCAAUAUGAUAGGACAACGAAGUAAUUAGAUUACUUUUCAGUCA